AUGAAUUUAGUCGAUCAAAUAUAAAAAUAAUUCUAAGAGCUCUCUAAAGUUUUUCUAAAUUGUAAAUCUAAUAUCAAUAUCUUUUAGGUCUUUUUGAAGUUUCAAUCGAUUUAAACUUAAAUACUAGAUAACUUUUAAGAUUAGAAUAAAUCAUUAAAUAAGCCAGAAUUGACAUAUUAGAGGAAUUUCCACUCUAGAAAGAAAUUAACUAAUAAGAUUAGUUGAUAAAGCCUAAAAAGUAGUCAAUUCAGAUAAAAAUUAAAAGAAGAGAAUAAACCUAAAAUUAAGACAUUAGUACUUAACAGGAGACUUGUAAAUAACUUUAAAAUUAGUCAUUAUUUGAAGAUGAUAAAAUUGAGUAAUUGAUACCACAAAUAACAUUAAAAUAUCCAUUUGGUUAAGCUUGUUUUUUAUGUCAAAAAGAUAAUUUUUUUGAGUAAUAAAAUAGUAAGAUAAUUAACGAUAAUCACUAUUUUUAUCAUAUGGAUUGCUAUACAAAGGCUAAGUACAACAAUUUAAAUUUUGAUAAAAUGAUAGAAAUAUUUGAAACGAAAAUUUGUAAAAUUUGUAAUAAAAAUGGGGCUUAUUAUUAAUGUGAAAAUUGCGAAUAAUGGUAUCACUAUGUUUGUAUGUCAGAAUUAUAUCAGAAUAAACAAGAUGUUAUUGAUUGUCCUUGCUAACCUAUAGAUAUAUUCUAAGCAUAAGAUAUUCAUCUCUAAGAAGAAGAAGCUACUUAAAGAAAGAAAAAAAUUAAGCUUAAUCAUAUAUCACAAAACACAGAUUUAUUUUCUGAUAUCUCUUUCAAAAAAGAAUUAAAAUAAAUGUGA